AUGACUCUCAAAACCUUUCCAGUGGCUGAGAUACUCGCAGUUGCGAAAGUCCAUCCGUUCUACAACCCCGAUAUAGUUUAUCCACCUGACCAUGAGAAAGUCCAGUCUGCUGUGCAAUUGGCAGACGGGCAAUCUACGGAAACUACGCGUAUCAUCUUCGAGUCGCUGCCUCUGGUCAGCAAGAAGGAUCUGUAUCAUGUCAUCGAGCGAUUGACGAAGGACAUGAGCCCGCAAAAUGUGUACCGGCGUAGCUCCUAUGUCAGCGUCACAGGCGGUGGUUCCGGGGGGCUCCCAUUGAUGUUUCUGUCUGAUAGUAAAGAGAAUCGUCAGCAACGCGCGGUGUUUGGCGAGUUUCUGAGCACUUGUGGAGUUGUGGAGCCGCAUGAUUGGAUCAUGACGGUGCAUGCCUCAGGUUACAUGUAUAGGUCCCUCGAUCUCAUGAGUGAGAUUAUGGAAAACGCAGGAGGGACCGUCUUCAGCGCUGGCAAUUUCAUGACCCCCGACGAAGUUGUGCGUGCCCUUGCGCACUACAAUAUCAACGUCUUGACUGGCGAUGGCAGUCAAGUGGUUCAAGUAAUUCAUCAUAUUUCGACCCUGUCGGCGGAGAAGCGAAAGGCAAUCCAGUUAACACAAGUGAUAUACACUUCCGAGCCCCUCACUGCUGGUCAGGAAAAGCAUAUUGUCGCAACAUUAGGUCCAGUGAAGAUAUGCUCCAUUCUGGGAAGUGCAGAAGCUGGGCCAUAUGCGAUCCAUAACCCGGAUCUCACUGGAGAAGCAGGUUUACCAAACCACAAGGAAUUUGUGUUUGAUACACGUACCAUCCUCAACGAGGUAUUUCCUAGUUCUGUCAUGGAAAGUGAUUCACCCACUGCCUUGAAGCCCCUUCCGGAAGGUCAAGAGGGAGUCCUCGUGCAGACGUCCUUGCAACGUCGCCGAAAUCCCCUUGUACGCUAUAUCACUGGCGACGUCGCAUCUAUCCACCCAUUGCCAGAGAUCGCGCGAUCCGUUGUCCCUGAAUCUGAACUGAAAUACUUCCGAAUUCUGCGUCUCCGAGGUCGUGACCGUCGGUUCAGUUUCAAGUGGUAUGGGGUAUAUUUUGAAUUUCAGAAUAUUGAGAAGCUCAUGCAGAGGGAUGAAUUUGGGAUUCUUCAAUGGCAGGUUAUCUUAGGAACCCAUGAAUCAUCUCCACAAACGGUCCUUGAGAUUAGGUUGCUCCGGGAGGACUUGGGUGGGUUCGAAAAGAGUGGUACGGGGAACAAAGUCAUGAAGUUCGUGGAUAGAGCUCAUUAG